AACGACGUCGGGCAUUUCCAUAAAAUGGCCGCAGUGCAGUACGGCAAGCUCCACUUGAAGACACAUUUUCGAAAUGUGACAACAAUAGAGUCAAUAUAUACGGGUGGGAAGGCUGUUAUCACUCGCGAUGAAGCGUUUCUUGUUACACCGGUUGCAGACGAUGUCAAUGUCCUUGACCUCACGACGGGCCGUACCGUUCACCGGCUUAAAGGCGAAGCAGAUUCAAUAUCAUGUAUAGCCGUGAACCCCUCUGGAACACAUCUCAUGAGCGCUUCGCAAAGUCUAUUAUUGGUCCUCUGGGACCUCGCAACAGGUGAAAAAGCCAAGAGUUGGAAGGCUCAUGAGGCACCCGUUCUUGCGAUGGAUUUUGAUCCAACGUCAACACUUGUCGCGACAGGGAGUGCUGAUAGCACGGUGAAGGUCUGGGAUGUAGAUGGAGGAUACUGUACGCACAAUUUCCGAGGGCACAGUGGGAUUGUGAGUGUGGUCAAAUUUCAUCCUAAUGCGAAGAAGUUGAAAUUGGUGUCUGGAAGUGAUGAUUGUAAGAUUCGGGUGUGGGAUUUGCAUGCGAGGUCUUGUGUGGCUGUUUUGGAGAGCCAUGUGAGUGUGGUUCGCGGAUUGGAUUUCACUGCGGAUGGAAAGUUUCUUGUGAGCGGUGCCAGGGAUAAGGUGGUCAACGUCUGGGAUUUUGAGACAGGGUCGUUGGAGAAGACUGUACCCAUAUAUGAGUCGGUCGAGAGCGUUGGGCUGGUGUCGGCGGAUGCAGAUGUUCCUGUCGACGAGAGACGAUCAAAGAUCCUUGCUUUCACUGGUGGGGACAAGGGCAUCGUGCGAAUAUGGGAUCUAGAAGCCGGUACUUGCAUCCUCGCUCAAGAACCGGAAUUGAACAGCAAACACGUUAUCAUAGACGUACAAUAUCUCCAAAAAAGUAACACCCUCGUCGCCAUCACAAGUGACCAAAACAUUCUCUUUUACAAUCUUACUUCGGGCUUGAAGCGUACUCGACAGAUUGCAGGAUACAAUGAGGAAGUCUUGGAUCUCAAAUUCAUGGGCCCAGAGGAUACACACUUGGCUGUGGUGACAAACACGGAGCAAGUCCGCAUUUACAACAUGAGCACAAUGAACUGUGACAUUCUCUAUGGACACUCCGAAAUAGUAAUGAGCAUCGAUCGGUCAAAUGAUGGGAGUUUGUUGGCAUCUGGUGCAAGGGAUCACAAAGUUAUUAUAUGGAGAUUUCUACCAGAUGAGGAACCGAGCAAGCGGUACCAACAAAUCGGUGUCGGCGUUGGGCACACCGAACCCGUUAGCACGGUCGCAUUUGGACGAAAAUCAUCUCGAUUCGCGCUAUCCGGUUCCCAUGAUCGUACCAUUAAGGUCUGGGAAAUACCCGACACUUCGGCCUCAACCGAAGUCACCAAACUCAAAACCCGUUACACCUUCCAAGCCCACGACAAGGACAUUCAAUCCAUCGCCGUGGCACCCAACGACAAAGUAUUCGCUUCAGGCUCAUUGGAUAAGACUGCUAAGCUGUGGGCGAUGGAGGACGGGCGGUUAUUGGGAGUUUUCAAAGGCCACAAGAGAGGUAUAUGGUCUGUGGCGUUUUCACCGGUUGAUCAAGUUUUGGCGACGAGUUCGACGGAUAAGACUAUCAAGUUGUGGAGUGUCGUGGACUUCAGUUGUGUCAAGACGUUUGAAGGACAUUUGAACUCUGUUCUUUCGGUUUCGUUCCUGUCGGCCGGGAUGCAAUUGGUGUCUAGCGGAUCUGAUGGGUUGGUAAAGCUCUGGACGAUACGAAGCAACGAAUGCGUGACAACUCUAGAUGGACACGAAGAUCGAAUCUGGGCAUUGGCGGUACAGAAGGACGAAAAAUACGUUGUGUCGGGUUCAUCAGAUUCUACCAUCGUCGUAUGGGAGGACAUGACGAUACAAGAAGAAGAAAAGAAGCAAAGAGAGAACGAGGAGCGGGUACUCCUAGAACAAGACCUCUCCAAUUACCUCCACAAGCGCGACUACAAAAAUGCCAUUCUCCUUGCCAUGCGCCUAGACCAACCUUUCCGCCUCCUCACCCUUUUCGAAGACCUUUCCACGAACCGCCAAGACCCAUCCAGCAUUCUCGGCUCGACCGCCGUCGACAGCAUCAUCUCCAACCUAAGCGAUUCCAAACUUGCUCAAUUACUAAACUAUAUACGGACCUGGAACACAAAUACCCGGCACGCACGCACCGCUCAGUCCCUCCUCCAUGUCAUUUUGAAAGCAUAUACUCCGGACCGGUUGAUGCGUGUACCUAAAUGUAAAGAAAUUGUGGAUGCACUUUUGGCAUACACAGAGCGACAUUUGAAAAUUGCGGAUGGGCUACUGGUGCAGAGUUAUGUUGUUGAUUAUACUGUUGAGUGUAUGGUUGGGUUUGAGGAGCAGGAUGAUCUAGAAGAAGGCCUGGAGGAAGGUAAAGUAGUGGGAGAAAUGGAGGACUGGAUGAAUGGGUUGGUUAGUAAUGGUGUGAAUCGGUCGCAUGAAUAUGGAAUGUCGAGUGGGAGUGAGCCCGAGGACGAAGAUGAACCAAGUAGUAGUGAACAAGAGGAUCACAAUGAUGAUGACGAUGACGACGCAAGUCCAUCGUCUGAGCAAGACAGUGGUGACGGAUCAGAAGAAGAGGACGAAGAAGAAGAAGAAGAUGAUGAUGAUGAUGAUGGAGAAGAGAGUGAAAGCGACGGUGGGAUGGAUGUAGAUGCAUGAAUCUGUAAUUUGUACAAUGGGUCAUAUCGUUAAUUUAUUUUAUCGCAACAUCAAUUCCCUUGUUCGCUUGUUGGCUACUUUCCGGCAAACAUUGCCGGUAAAAACCUCAUAUCAUAGUGUGGAG